AUGUUAUCGGAGAUACCAAAAUGUCAGUUAUCAAUGGAAGAAAUGUUUUCUGUUGUAUGGAAUAACAACGAUAGUAAUGUUUUGGCAUCAGAUGACUUCACUCUUGUGUGGUUUAAUGAUAAUAUUAAUUAUGGAGCUCAAUGGCAUGAAACAACUGUUCGUUUACGUCAAAUUAUUAAUCAUUUAGAAGUGUUCGAAAACCUGAAUGACUGUGUCAAUUAUUUAUCGUCUAUUGACCAUGAAAAAUUAUUUUUGAUUAUAUCCAGCAUAUCGCUAAAUAAAGAGGGUUUGUUAGACUUAAUAAACCAGUGUUCAGAAACUGUUCGAAUUUAUUUACUAUCUAAUACAGAAAGCAUUGAUUCUUCACGUACCCAAAUAAGUUGUGACAAUAAAGAGAAACUAAUAGAUAAACUUUCGGAAGACGUUAAAAUGAGCAGAGAACUAUUAUCAACAAGUAUAAUCGACUCUAAUGUAGAAGGCGAGUCGACACAUAAUGUUCAUACAAAACAAAUUUUAUUUAAAUGUUUUGAGUUAUUAAUUGAAAUUGUACGUCGUUCACCGCUGCCUCCAGAUAUUAAAAAGCUAAAGCUGCUUGAAUAUUGUCGAUCAGAAUACAAACAUAAUCCAAUCGAAUUACAAAAAAUUGACGAAUUUGAACAAGAAUACAGUUCAGACAAAGCAAUUGUUUGGUACUCACGCGAUUGCUGCCUAAAUGAUUUAUUGAACAGAGCACUUUUGACGAUUAAUAUUGAUGUUAUAAUCUGCGCAAAUUAUUUGACCGUAUAUCGUGGACAUUUGGCACCUCCCAAUGAAUUAAAAAUAUUGAAACGCAAUAUAGGUGGCUUGGUAGUGAAAAAGUCAUAUUGGACAACAACGUUGAACCGGAAUGUAGCUCUAAUGUUUGCUGGAGAUGGUCCGCAUCAUCAUCCAUCUACAGAAUCGAUUUUGUAUGUGGUCGAUCUCGAUGUGAGUCAUACAACUAGAAAACCGGUUGCCAAUAUUAAACAGGCAGGAUAUUAUCGAGAUGACGAUGAAGUACUUAUUUCGAUCAACACCAUAUUUCGAAUUGACUCAGUAGAACUAGAUCCAGACUAUAAUAUUUGGAUUGUGCAUUUAACAUCAUGUGAUGAUGAAUAUCAAGCUACAAAACAACAGAACGAUUAUUUUGAUAUUGUUUUACUAGAACUAACUGAAAUUUUACGUCAUAUGUCACCAAACACAGACAUGGUUAAUGAAAUAAUUCUAAAACGAUGUCGAUUAUACUGUAAAGAUAACCCACGCGAAUUAGCGAAAAUUAAUGAAUUUGAAAUGAAGUAUCGUUCAGACGAUGCUGUAAGAUGGUAUACAAAGGACUCAUUCUUGUAUCGAUUAUUAAAUAUUGCAUUACGAACAAAUGAUGUGAGCAUCAUAGUUGAUUUACGUUGUUUCAUAAUUGGCCUUUAUGACCAGCUACUAAAAAUCCACGUUGAUUUUGUUCGAACAUUAGCACCAAAUCAGAAAAACGUGACUGUUUAUCGAGGACAACUAAUGACCCUCAAAGAAUUAAGUCGAUUGAAGCGUCAUAUUGGUGGUUAUAUUUUGAUUAAAACAUUCUUCUCAGCAACAACAUUGUCUCAAGUUGCUCUUAUUUAUAGUGGAAAUGGGUCCCAACGUCCCCUAUAUGAAUCAGUCUUAUAUGUCAUAGAUCUUGACAUAAGUGAUCGUACACUUUUAAAACAACCCUUCGCUAAUAUUGCACUACUCAGUCAAAUUCUGGAUGAAAAUGAGAUAUUAUUUCCAUUGCAAACAAUAUUUAAGAUUAUUUCUGUUAAAAAAUAUACUGAUGAUUUGUGGAUUGUACAUUUAGUUCUAGGUACAAAUGACAAAGAAAUAGAUAUAAUUCAAAAAUAUCUCAAAAUAAUAUUAUUGCCAAUCGAACACUAUAACUAUUCACCGCCACUAACACCACCACCAUCUCCAUAA